AUGAAGGCAGUCAACGUCGCCUUCUUGGCCUCGGUGCUCGCGCCGUCCAGCGUCAUUGCCGGCAGCCAGACCAGAGAUCAGCCAUCACCUGGUCCCACCGGCUCAACAUACCCGACUGGCUUCGACAUGACGACAAGCUGGGGUAAUCUGAGCCCAUACAAACCAGCCACAGCCUUUGGCGGCUUCGGUCUACCGCAAGGCGUUCCAAAAGGCUGCGAACUGUCACAGGUCCAUGUACUGCAUCGACAUGCGCAGCGAUACCCGACAAACUUCGGUGAUGGCGCCGUCAUGCAUGAUUUUGCGUACAAAGUCGGCAAUUAUACCGCCAAACACAAGAACUCCCCUGUCGGCACCGGGCCGCUUGAGUUUCUGAACCAUUGGCAGUAUAGCAUGGGAACCGACUUGCUUUUAGUCAACGGUGCUGCUACGGAGGCUACCUCUGGCGCCUGGUUUUGGAGUAAAUACGGCAACCUGCUGUACCGUGCGCCGCCGGGCGUGCCAUCGUAUACCCCGGAUUUGAAUACCUAUCCUAAUGGCACGGCUCGGCCGACGCCAGUCUUUCGUACCACCUCCCAAGCCCGUAUCCUCGAGAGUGCACGAUGGUGGUUGAGUGGGUUUUUUGGAAACGCCGGAGCCAACAGCUCUUACGACCUAUACGACUUGGUCAUUAUCCCCGAAGUUGAGCCCUUCAACAACACCCUGGCCUCGUACGACGCAUGUCCCGGGGACGAAUCAGAGGGUGACAAAUCCGACCUCAUUUUCGGCGCAAAAUACACGCAAGCUGCGCUGAAACGCCUAUCAGCGCACCUCCCCAAAGGCUUUAACCUGACGGCUCUAGACGUCUAUGGCAUGCAGAAUUUGUGCGCGUACGAAUACGCGCUUUUUUCCGGCUCGGCGUUCUGCAGCCUCUUCACCGAGGAGGAAUGGUCGGCGUUUGAAUACAUGCUCGACAUUCAGUACUAUGGCGACUACGGGUUCGGGUCGCCUACGGGUCGUGCGCAUGGUGUUGGCUAUGUGCAGGAACUCGCAGCGCGGUUGGAGAAUACUCUAAUAUACUCGAGCGACACUAGUAUCAAUUACACAUACGAUGACAACACUAAACAGUUCCCUCUUGGCCAGCCAUUCUACAUGGACAUGUCGCACGACGAUACCAUCGUCGGCGUGACCACAGCGCUAGGCUUGGACUACUUCAAAUUCAGCGACCAUGGUCUUCCAGCCAACGUAUCCUCGCCGCCAGCGAGUCGAAACUUUCGAUUGAAUAAAAUGACGCCGUUUGGCGCACGCUUUGUGUCGGAGGUCUGGACGUGUCCGGCCAAUGACUCGUCGGUUUUCACAGAUCUGACGCCGGUUAUCUACAAGAAUCCGGAUUUGUCGGAGGCGAAGGGCACGGCGAGGUACAUUCGGUUCGUGUUGAACGAUGCGCCGGUGCCAGUGGAUGGGAUCAAGGCUUGUGAGAACGCGGUGAAUGGGUUUUGUGCCGUCAAGGAUUUUCUGAAGGAUGUACCGCACAUGGUUAAGGAGUCGGACUAUCAGAGGGCUUGUUUUGCGAAUUAUACGGUUUCUGGGCAGGUUGGGAAUGGCCAGCCGCCUAGCGAGGAAUAG